AUGGCGGGCGCAGGGUACGGCGCGAGCGGCGCGAGGGGCGAGUCGAUCGUGCCCAAGCCGCUGUGGCAGCGGUGGCUGUGGGACACGACCGACGCAGAGCGGCGCGUGUGGGAGCACAAGCGCGGCGUGGGCAUGCAGCGGUGGCCUUUCGCGAGUUGGGGCCUCGCCGUCGUCAUGGUCAUUGUCAUGAUCGUCGAGCUCGUCCGCAUGAACUCGUACACGGGCUCGCCCAUCCAGACCAAGCCCUCGUUCAACGUCAUGAUUGGUCCCUCGGGCGCCGUCCUCAUCAACCUCGGCGCACGCUUCGCCGGCUGCAUGAAGCGACGCUCUCGUCGGCCGACCCUACCUGUGCGUCCCCUCUCUUUCUCUUCCACCGUCAGACCCCAUCUGACCCAUGUCUCGACAGGUACCAUGUCGGAUAUCUGCGGCUUUGGCGGGUUCGACAUUGUCGACGGCCCGGGCGGCCCCGACCAGUCGUUCCGAUUCUUCGUCCCCAUCUUCCUCCACGCCGGCGUCGUCCACCUCCUCCUCAACAUGCUCGCUCAGUGUACGAGCUCGGGUCAAGUCGAGCGCAUGAUGGGCACGCCGCGCUUCCUCGUCGUCUAUUUUGCGUCGGGCCUGUUCGGCUUUAUUCUCGGCGCCAACUUUGCGCUCGUCGGCCUCCCGAGCGUCGGCGCGUCGGGCGCAAUCUUCGGCACGCACGCCGCCCUCCUCGUUGACCUUCUCGCACACUGGAAGAUCGAGUACCGUCCGAAGCGCAAGCUCCUGUUCCUCAUCGUCGAGAUCAUCGUGGGCAUCGGGCUCGGCUGGGUUCCCGGCGUCGACAACUUUGCGCACCUUGGCGGCUUCCUCGUCGGCCUCCUCACGUCGAUCCUCCUCUUCCCGAUCGUGCACCCGUCGCGCACGCACAAGCUCGUCUUUGUCGCCCUGCGCCUCGUCGCCCUCCCACUCGUCAUCGUCGUCUUUGUCGUCCUCACGCGCAACUUCUACACGGGCGACCCGGCAACGGCGUGCAGCUGGUGCAGGUACCUGUCGUGCUGGCCGACGAGCGCGAACAACCAUUGCAAGGGCACGGGCCUCACGACGGUCACGGCUUCGUCCUCGACAAUCACGUCCCUCGUCACCAUCCUCUUCUCGACUUUCGUCCUCCCUCUCCUCUGA